GGGAUUUCCCCAAUGUAUUUCACAACUGUCUCUCACUGACAACAUUCAAAAUAUAGUUUUCAUUCAUGAAAAGAAUUUGUGAGUCACCAGCAGUAGCACUGUUUUGCUUCGAGUUUAAAGUAGCUGUAGUCAUGGAAAAUAUUAUUUGUACUAAACAUUAGGAUUUUUUUGUAGGUUUUCUCUGGAAACUUUAUCCCAAAUGUAAAGCAACUUAAUUACUCCAUAGAAAGUACUGAGGGAUAUUUACAAACCAAAGAUGAGUAGAAGUGCAGUUAUGUUUCGUCAAAACAGUAAAGUGGAGAAAAUUCCAGAUGAUGAAAGCGAAGAGCUUUUGUCGAAGAAAACAGACGAGGAUGAAAAAAGUGACCAAACAGAAGAGGCUUCACUCAAGAGACCUAAUUCUCAAAUAACAUCAAACAAUUUUGUGCGAGCACUAAGUCGGACAAGUGAAAAGGACGAAAAUACAACAGAAUUAACCUUAAAUGGCAACUUGCAUAUUAUUAUGCCAAAUACAGACGAAACUUGUGGAGGAGCAAUUAAAUUACGAAAAGAUAAUUGUGAUGAUACCGAGAUUGAUAUUGAACCUGAUGAAAAACUUAAACGUAGGAAACAAAAAGGAUGGUGUAGCCUUCUGAAAUUAAAUUGCUCAAAACAAACAAUUUUGAAUAUAGUAUAUGGAUUACUUAUUAUAUCAGCAUUAAUUAUUGGGAUCAAAGCUUUAAUCAAAUACUCUGAAGAUGAACAUGACCGUUACUUCUACUGCUACCCUUGCCAAAAUAUGAACAUUUAUAUCAAAUAUACUAAAAGAGUUGAUAAUAUGUGUUGCACAGAUAAUCCUGUGGAGGAAACUGCAUUGCCAAAGAGCAGUCCUCUUACAUCACAAGAAAAAAAAGUAGUAGAUACAUCAUCAUACAAUGGCACUAGGAUCCUUGAGUUCCAAGCUAAUUUUGACACGCAGUGGGAGAGAAUCGGCAACAAAGAUAUCAUUCCAUGGACUCCAGUCACCAAUAUGGACACCAGUUUUGUAACUUUCAUUAAAGGAAGAAGCGAAUUGGAACUGCUACACGACGGGAAUUAUGUUAUAACGUUGUCCCUGACUACAGAUACUUUCAGUAGCAAAUCUGUUGACGUUCGAGCGAUGGCAUGCCUUGUUUUCCAGCCACCUUUUGGAGAAAACCCAAGGGAGGAAUGUAGACAAAUCACACAUGCUGACAAGAUGGUCGUACCUUUUCAGAUUUUCAAGUUUGAUAGUCUCAGAAGAGGGACAGUACUACAUGCUUUCAUAUUAUCAUCGAAGGGCGGCUUCAAAACACAAUCAACACAUAACAAACUGUACUUAGUGCUGUUGUAAAGACCGUACAAAGGGCAGUAACUCAAACUAGAAAAUAAACUGUGAUAUGAAUGUGUGUUUUACAUGGUUUUUGUUGACCACUAUAAUUAUGAAUGAGCGAUUGAUUGAAAGCGACGGAAUGAAAUAAGUAAAGUAUGAAAUAGAUGAAUGAUUCAUGAAUGUUUAAAAAAUAGUUACUCUCAGAGUAAACAUUUUGCAUCCUCUGUCAAUGUUUUAUUUGUCAUGUAUACAUACAAAGAUAAAUUUAUAACAUACAUAUAUGUAAAAAUAAUGUAUUAUUUAAUGUAAAUAAACAAAUAUGUAUAUAAAUGUAGAUACAAAAUAAAAUAUUUAUAUCUAA